ACUCAGCCUCUCACGGUGUGUGAAUGUGCCUGCUUGUAGAUGUGCAACUAUCCUGAUCGCCUCUGGGUCAAGGCGAGCAUACAAGGGAAUGGCGUGUCGUGGGGACCCAUACUGCUGCUUUUCAGCCCUCAGGAUAAUCAGCACUGUCACGGCCCUGCUUUCUCUCCUUAUCUCAGCUGCAUCUUCUCAGUUCCUGGAUCCAGACUCCACUACAGUUCCUCCAAAGAAACCAGACCCCGUGACAUCAGAAACAGUGGUUUUCUGGGGACUGCGACUAUGGCAGGUGAUCGGAGUCUUCUCCAUUUUCGUCUUGGCCGUCAAUAAAAGAAAUAAAGCAAUACUUUUGGAGAACAAUUCUCAUUUAAUUGUACUGUGCUGUAUCUUCAAGUGCAGAAUUCCCAGAACGAAGAAGGAGAUUGAAGCACGUUAUGCCCAGCGCCAGGCUGCAAAGAGGUAUGCCAACACCUUGGAUAAUGUUCCACCACUCAACGAACUGACAGAGAUGCCAGGAGAUUCCUCUGACACUAUCCCUUUGCAAACUGUCUCUGGUCAACUCCAGCACAGAUCUGUCCACUCUCUACCUGUCCUUCAGGAGGAAGAUGAAAUGGCACCCCUUUGAAUUCAAGAUGACUACUCACUGAGUCAACUUUUGUUCUUUUAUUUCAAUUCCUCCGCCAACAAGAAUCUGUAACUGAAGAAACGUCCUCUCGUGUCUUUUUGUCUCUUAUUUGAAGGGCUAUUAUCAGAUUUGCUGUUUUGAGUAAAGUGAAUUUGUCGAAUGUUUUGACAACUGCAUGCCAUAAAGGCCAGAUUUGCAGUAAUGUUCUAGUAGGAAUGCUACAUUUUAGUCUUUAGUUCCUGAUUUGUUAUGGGAAUUCAGGGCUGGUAUGAAAAGACAGACUCCAGCCUCUCUGUCAACAUAUGUAUAAUACAGCAACAGGGCUGCUUGUUUGAAUAGUGCUGAGCAAAGUUUGCUAACUUAUUGCUUAGAAAGUGGACACAAUCCAUACUAGGAAUCAGCAAAUGUGGAGUUCACUGCAGGAGCUGAGUGAAGGAAAAUGAAUGAAUAAAUAGAGGACCAGUCAUUAAAAAAAGCAAUAUACUCUUGAUGCUGGAAAUCUGGAACAGAAACAGAAAAUUCCGGAAAUAUUCAGCAGGUCAUGUGACAAGGUUGAAAGUUGAAACAGCAUAAAUGUUUCAUGUCAACAACCUUUCAUCUGAACUGAAGAGAAUUAAUAAAAACAGAAAGUAUUGGAGAAACUCAGGAGAAAGAGUUAAUGU